GACGUCCUCUCUAAAGACAGACCGUCCGGAGACGUCCUCUCUAAAGAGAAACGGUCCGGAGACGUCCUCUCUAAAGACAAACCGUCCGGAGACGUCCUCUCUAAAGAGAAACGGUCCGGAGACGUCCUCUCUAAAGACAGACCGUCCGGAGACGUCCUCUCUAAAGACAAACCGUCCGGAGACGUCCUCUCUAAAGACAGACCGUCCAGAGACGCCCUCUCUAAAGACAAACCGUCCGGAGACUUCAUCUCUAAAGACAGACCGUCCGGAGACGUCCUCUCUAAAGACAAGCGGUCCGGAGACAUCCUCUCUAAAGACAAGCGGUCCGGAGACGUCCUCUCUAAAGACAGACCGUCCGGAGACGUCCUCUCUAAAGACAAACGGUCCGGAGACGUCCUCUCUAAAGACAGACCGUCCGGAGACGUCCUCUCUAAAGACAGACCGUCCGGAGACGUCCUCUCUAAAGACAAGCCGUCCGGAGACGUUCCCUCUAAAGACAGACCGUCCGGA